ACUAAAUAAAUACAUGAAACUGAUUCCUCCUCUUUCCUAAUUUUAGAGGAGGAGGCAUGGUGCCUCUUCUGCCUUCCAUUCCUCAGCUUCUCAACCAUUGAAAAAAAGUCAAAUAGAUAAAACAAAAUCAGCUUUACCAUACCCCAAAUAUAUCCCAAAAUUUGCGAUAUUUUUGGAACAUUUCUUUCUAUAUCACUCUUAACCCAUAAAAAUACAAUCCUUUUUGGCCUCUCUCCGGCUUCGCAUUCUGUGAUCUACUCUCACGAGUUUGAUCAGAGAGGAAUCGGGGAAUGGAAGGAUUGGAUGGGUUGAUAGAGAGGCUUUUGGAAGCAAGAAAGAACAGAGGCAAGCGGAUUCAAUUGGUAGAAUCAGAAAUUCGCAACCUUUGCACCACUGCAAAAGAAAUCUUCCUCAGCCAGCCUAUCCUACUCGAAUUGGAAGCUCCCAUUCACGUUUGUGGGGACAUACACGGGCAAUAUCCAGACCUGUUGCGACUGUUCGAGUAUGGUGGGUUUCCGCCUGAUUCGAAUUAUCUAUUCCUUGGUGACUACGUGGACAGAGGAAAACAGAGUGUUGAAACAAUAAGCCUCCUCCUUGCUUACAAGAUCAAAUACCCUGAAAACUUUUUCCUUCUUCGAGGAAAUCAUGAAUGUGCAUCUAUUAACAGAAUUUAUGGCUUUUAUGACGAGUGCAAGCGCAGAUUCAGUGUUCGUCUCUGGAAGAUAUUCACAGAUUGCUUCAACUGUUUGCCUGUAGCUGCAGUGAUUGAUGAGAAAAUCCUAUGCAUGCAUGGUGGCCUAUCCCCUGAUAUGGAGAGUUUGGAUCAAAUCAAAGCCAUUGAGAGGCCAGUGGAUGUGCCAGACCAGGGCCUCUUAUGUGACCUCCUUUGGGCUGAUCCAGACAGAGAAAUCAGAGGGUGGGGUGAGAAUGAUAGGGGUGUUUCCUACACUUUCGGACCCGAUAAAGUAUCUGAGUUCUUGAAGAAACACGAUCUCGAUCUUAUAUGCCGCGCUCAUCAGGUUGUUGAAGAUGGCUACCAAUUCUUCGCAGACAGGCAGCUAGUUACCAUAUUUUCGGCGCCAAACUAUUGUGGAGAGUUCAAUAAUGCGGGUGCACUCAUGUGCGUCGAUGAAACUUUACUCUGUUCAUUUCAGAUUAUCAAGCCAUUGAGAGGAAAAACCACGUAACUGGAACACAGUAUACUUUGAAGCCAUUUUGUCCAGUUGCAGAUUAUCCAUGUAACUAAUCUUCAGCUUAAAGCAGGCAACCUAGCUGUACAUAAUAGAUAAUCAUUAAAUGUCUACCUAUAUUGUAAAGCUACUCAUUUAACUUAAAUGCAUUCAUGUUUAA